AAAGCUGUUUACAUUUUUUGUAUUCGUUCGUGUUAGGAAUUGUCUUCAAGUUGGUUUUAUAUAAAAAAAUUGUCAAAAAUUAAGCACAGGGUCAUAUUUUUACCAUUUUAAAAAACACAUGGUCUAUUUUGUCAUUUAACAAAACAGAUAGUUCAAUUGGUAAUUUUUACAAAACACAGAGACUAAAAUGAUAUUUACCAUAGAUAUUUUAUGAAAAGUAAAAGUAGUUAAAUGGUUGUUUUAAAUCCCAAUUGAUCUUAUCUUGCAAUAAAAUACCUCAAAAAAGAAAAAGCUUGUAAUAUAAUAUUAUCACCUUCUUCAUCAUGGAGUUGGUAACAAAUAGUUGAGCUUGUGAUACAUUCAAUUUGUAUACAAACAUAUAAAUAUAUUCAUAUUUACAUGCCAUGAAAAUUGGAUGGUUUACCUUCUCUAAUCCUACUUUGAAGUUUGGUUGAUACAAUCAUACAUAUAUAUAAACAUGGUCCAACCUAUAAUAUAGUAUAAUGAGCUCAAAAGUUGUAUGAAGCUAGAAAAUUUAUGUUUAAGAAGAAAAAAAAUGGAUAGUAAAGUAGUUGAAUUGAAAGGCAGAGUAUGUGUAACAGGUGCCUCUGGUUUUCUUGCAUCUUGGCUUGUUAAGAGAUUGCUCUUGUCUGGUUACCAUGUCAUUGGAACUGUUAGAGAUCCAGGAAAUGAGAAGAAAGUGGGGCACUUAUGGAAGCUAGAAGGAGCAAAGGAGAGACUUGAAUUGGUUAAAGCUGAUUUAAUGGAAGAAGGAAGCUUUGAUGAAGCUAUCAUGGGCUGCCAUGGUGUCUUCCAUACUGCCUCUCCUGUGCUCAAACCUUCAUCUGAUCCAAAGGCAGAGAUCUUGCAGCCAGCCAUUGAUGGGACCUUGAAUGUGUUACGUUCAUGUAAGAAGAAUCCAUCCAUGAGGCGAGUGGUUCUCACUUCAUCAUCUUCAACCAUGAGAGCAAGAGAUGAUUUUGAUCCCAACAUACCUUUAGAUGAGUUAUCAUGGAGCUCGAUAGAGCUUUGCGAGAAACUCCAGAUUUGGUAUGUGUUAUCAAAAACCUUAGCUGAGAAAGCAGCAUGGGAAUUCUGCAACAAAAAUGGAAUUGAUUUAGUUACCGUUCUUCCUUCAUUCUUAAUUGGACCUAGUUUGCCACCCACUUUAUGUUCCACAGCUUCUGAUGUCCUUGGCCUACUUAAAGGUGAAACUGAGAAAUUUCAAUUCCAUGGAAGAAUGGGAUAUGUCCACAUUGAUGAUGUUGCCACUUGUCACAUCCUUGUUUUUGAGCACAAAAAUGCCAAUGGACGAUACCUUUGUAGCUCAACAGUGUUGGAUAUUGAUGAAUUAGCUUCUUUCUUAUCAAAAAGAUAUCCUUAUUUGCCUAUUCCAAAAAGGUUUGAGCAAGUUGAGAGACCAUAUUACGAGUUCAACACCUCUAAAGUGAAGAGUCUUGGAUUUGAAUUCAAGUCCAUUAGUGAAAUGUUUGAGGAUUGCAUUGCAUCACUUAAGGACCAAGGAUAUCUUAAUUAAUUGAACCAUUUUAAGGAUCAAUGAGAAGUUUAUAUUAUAUAAUAUAUAUUAUCUAUGGAAUACAUGGACUAUAUGUUAUUAUAAGUAUUGAUGGAAUAAAAAAGAAUGAUAUAUGAAUAUGAAUCAUAUUUUAUCAUUAUUAUUAUUUGGUUAAGAUCUUGAUUCAA